AUUAUCUUCGACCUCGGAGAUGUUGUAUUCAAGUGGUCACCCGAAACCAAGACAUCCAUCUCCUCGAGAACGCUUCGUGACAUACUAUCCUCUCCGACCUGGUUUAAUUACGAGCGUGGUCAAUUGGCCGAAGAAGAGUGUUACCAACAAAUAGGCGAGGAGUUCAACUUACUCUCAGGAGAGGUUCGACGCGCAUUUGACCAGGCGCGGGAGUCGCUCGUCGCUGAUGAGGCGCUCAUUGAUCUAAUUCGUGACCUCAAAACUCAAUCCGACGGCCGUCUCCGUAUAUUUGCCAUGUCCAACAUCUCUCCUCCCGAUUGGGCCGUUUUGCGAACUAAGCCUGCGGACUGGUCGAUCUUUGAUCAGGUUUUCACAUCUGGGAGUGCGGGGGAACGGAAGCCCAACCUUGGCUUUUACGAGCACGUCCUCGCGGGCACGGGAGUUGGCCCCCGUCAGACGAUUUUUGUUGACGACAAAUUGGAGAAUGUGAUCUCCGCCCGGUCUCUGGGUUUCCAUGGCAUCGUCUUUGAUAGUCCUGAGCCAGUCAAGCGGGCCCUCCGUAAUUUAACUGGCGAUCCUCUUGCUAGAGGCCAGGCGUUCCUUCACGAAAAUGCUGGCAAUCUUGUCUCUGUCACGGAAAAUAGCGACAAUCAUGAAGCCGUUUUGUUGCAGGAAAACUUUGCGCAGCUUCUUAUUUUGGAAGUGAUUGGUGACGCUAAUCUAGUUAAUUUGGUGGAACAUCCCCGAACGUGGAGCUUCUUCCAAGGCAAAGGUCAGCUAACCACGGAAGAAUUUCCAUUUGAUCUUGACACAACGUCGUUGGGCCUUACUGUCAUGAAGCGGGACAAGGCCGUCGCGAAUUCGGUUAUGAACGAGAUGCUGGAGUAUGUCGACCAUGAUGGCAUCAUUCAAACGUACUUUGACCAUCGACGACCAAGAUUUGAUCCUGUAGUGUGCGUGAAUGCCUUGACGCUCUUCUAUACGCACGGUCGCGGUUCAGAAUUGAGUCGGACCCUCCAAUGGAUCCACAAAGUCCUCUUAAACCGGGCAUAUCUGGAUGGCACACGUUAUUACCAAACCGCAGAGUGCUUUCUAUUUUUCCUUAGCCGUCUAUUGGCCAGUUCUGAGGAUCGGGAGCUGCAUGCUCUCCUCAAACCACUCCUUAGAGAAAGGAUCCAGGAGCGCAUCGGUGUCGAAGGUGACUCAAUUGCGCUCGCCAUGCGAAUCCUCGUCUGUGAUUUUGUUGGGCUGAGGGAUGAGAUUGAUUUGCGCUCUCUCCUUCCGUUGCAAUGCGAAGACGGUGGUUGGGAAAUAGGAUGGAUUUAUAAGUAUGGGUCAUCAGGACUCAGGAUCGGCAAUCGUGGUCUGACAACGGCUCUUGCACUCAACGCAUUG